AGCUGGCUGCGCCGAGUUGGACUUUGCUUUACAGUUGCUGUCAGGCGGCGAGACGGGGAGCCGCUGGGGCCAAGAUCAUGCCUGACAGAGAGCGGUUUCCUGGGCAGCAGAGGUCGCUAGGGUUGAGAUGAAAGAAGCAGGGCAGAUGCAAAAUCUGGAGAGCGCGGGGGCCGGGCAGUCAGUCAGCACCCAGACUGGCAGUAUGAGCGAAAAAGGAAGAGGGAAAGCAUGGAUCCUUAGGAGAUAAUGAAGACAGGACCAGAGUACCUACUGACAAAAAGCAGGAAUCUCAUGCUUUCUGCCAGCAUCCAUGAAGCAGUAACAGACUAACUUAUUUACUUAGAUUCUGAUUCACUGGGUCUGGAGUGGGGUCUAAACGUUACCUCGACGAUUCUGAUGUACAUUCCUGGAGAUUUCCUAAUUAGUUCUGAGGGUGAGUCUCUAAAAUACCCAAAAAGAAUAUAGAAAUAGUUUAUCUCAAAUAUUCAGCAGUGUUCAUUAUAAGAAAGGCAAAAAAAAAUCAAGCACCGUUUAAGUAAAUGUACUAGUUCGCAUACAAAAUAGACUGUCCUCUUUAUCCCCUGCUUUAAUGGAAAACUCUGUGACUAGUGUUACAUAGGCAGCUUACCAAGAUAAUAGUGAAGUGAAGCAAAAUCAGGAUCCAGAACAGUGAUUCACUGAAAAUAUUUAGUUUUCCAUGGGUUACAGUAAGUGGAAAUGCCAAAAUGGAAUACAAUUUAGGCUUUUUAUUUAAGUCUGAGAUGGAAAAAAUUUUGUCUCAAACUUGAUAUUUUAGCCUUAGUUAGAAGCAAAAUGAAAAAAAAAAUUACAAGUUUAGUUCUUCUUGAGGUUUUUACCCUUUUAGGACUCUAGACAGGAAAAUGAUAAGUAAACUUGGCCGAAAUGAUUGUUCUAAUAAAAAAUAAAUAGGUGAGUAUGCUUCCCAUUUAUUAGGAACAAUUUUUUAAAAAAUGUUUUGAGGUCAUUGUUUCUGGUUUUAUUUCUAUCCGCUUAACUACUUAGAAAAUCUAAGGCUAAAAUCAUUCAUCUGCAGCCAUUUCCACUGGUCACAAUUAGUUCGGUUUAAUUGGGCAGUGUUCGUUCCAUUGUGCAUGGGGUUGUCAUGAGUUGGGGCUGACAACAGCAACAACAAAAUGAGGUCGAGCACCAGGAUUUUUUAAUAAGGCAUCAUCAGUUCUUUUCCAAAGUGACAAUUUUUUAAAAACUUGCUGGAAGUAUUCAAAAGUAGAUAAUAACAUACACUUUGUAUUUGAGAAAGAUAAAAUUCCUAAGGAGUUUUGAGAUAAGGAGGGGGAAAGGAGAAAAGAGUUCACAAAUUCAAGAUAAAUAUAAAGCUUAUUUUAAAACUCUGUAUAGAUACUGUAGAUCUUUCAUAUUUUAGAUCUUUUCUUAGAUACGUAUUUUGUAAGGGAAAGAUUUUUGUAUUCCUUUUAAAUGUACUUAUAGUUUAGCAGAUGGUUCGUUGACUCAGAAAGGGAAUUCCAUGAAACCUCUAUUCCUUCUUUUUAGGCAUUUGAUGAUGUUUCAUUCUCCAUAGUUUGGAACGUUUAUACUAACAACUGAAACUGAAACUUGACUAUUUUAGUUAAUAUACCUUUGGUCUGAUUCUUAAAGCGAUUUCAGAUAUAUUCUAUUGGGGAUAACUACAGAGUAAAAUCUUUUGGAAGGGGGUGAGUAAUAACAGAUACCCAGUUCUCAGCCUAAGUUUUCCUCACGUCGCGACAACCAGUCCUGAGCCCAAGGAUCAGGUGUGUAUUCCUGAGACUUGUGCCUACUCUUUGGCUGCUCCAGUCUUUUGCCUGCAAAAACAGCAUAGACUGUUUUGUGCCUUACGUAGAACUGAUUUUUACCUUAGUCUGUUUUAUCUGAAAUUAAUGUAUUAACACCAGCUUUUUCUUUUUCUAAUUAGUAUUUGUAUUAAGUUAGGAUGCUUUAGGUUCAAAGUAACAGAAAACUUUGACUUAAAGAGAGAUUCAAAACAAAUGUAGUAUAUACACGCAAUGGAAUAUUACUCUGCCAUAAAGAGAAAUGAAGUCCUAAUACAUGCUACACUCUGGAUGAAUAUUGAAAACAUUGUGCUGAAUGAACUAAGUCAAUCACAAAAGGACAAUCAGUGUAUGAUUUCACUAAAUGAAACACUUAGGAUAGUCAAAUAUAUAGAGACCACAGUAUAAGCACACAGAUUGGGCAUACAUUUUAUCACUUGUGUCCAACUGACUUAUAAUUCCUAUUAUAGAUAAUAUGGAGCCAUUGAAGAUUUUACCAGGAGCAGGAGGGAAGGGGAGAGGAGGAAACUUUGUUUAGCUAGCAUUGAGUUUCUGUUGAUAGGGAUGGAAACUGUGGCAAUGGAUGUCCGUGAUCGUUGCACAACAUGAUUGCUGUAAUUGAUUUCAUUGAAUUGUACAUGUGAAAAAUGUUGAAUUGGCAAAUGUUGUGUUAUUUGUAUUUUUACAACAAUAAAGAGAGAGAGCGAUCCAUUAGAACUCUUUAGAAUCCCAGCCUUCAGGGCUUAAAUCUGAGUUAACCCACUUUCCUACCUGUGGAGUACUGCUAAGAUAGCUCAAGCUUACUGCUCUGGCUUUGACUCUUCUCUUACUUUCUGAUACCUGACAGUCUGUCUUCCUUUGUUUUGAGCCCGACUGUGCAUUUAAAAACAUUUUUCUUUGUUAUAAAUUAUCUAUAUAUUGGUAGUAGAUGGGACCCAACCAUAUUAGUCUAGGCUGCCGUAUUGCUAAAGAUUGGUAGAACUGGUUUUUAGAAAAGAGUUGAGAAUUACUUUUAUUUUGUCAAUAUUUAAAAUAUUUUAAAAUUUAAUAUGACCUCUGCUUUAGCUCUGCCUUUUACCUCUUUGAUCUUUCACAAAGUCGUGUAAACUCUCUGGGCUCCACUUAUCCAUAUAUAAAAUCAGAAGGUUUUCCAAAGUUUUCCUUAUUACUGUCUAGAAGCUUAACACUGAAGAGUCCUACAUGAGAUGCUAUAUCUAGAAACAAGUCAGAUUGACUUGAUUCUUGCCCUUUACUAGAUUAAAAUGUAGUCAUUGUUUCCUAGGAAAAAUUAAUGAUAAUUACAUGCUUAAUUGUUGGGUUAAGAGAGGCUAGGUUUAGAAAAUGUCUAAUAUAAAGUCAACACUAAAUUUUCAGUAACUUUUUGGACCUAAUGAGAAAUGUGCUUUUGUUCAAACUGUGUUUAGAUAAAGAGCUAAACAAAACUUUUAUUAAUAAAUCCAGUGUAAGCCAUGAUAUGAUCUUUAGCUGUUAUAACUAAUAAAUUAUUAUUUUGUAUUUUAAUGUAGGUGAAGAGAACUGGUCUUGUGGUGGUGAAAAACAUGAAAAUUGUUGGUCUCCACUGUUCUAGUGAAGAUUUGCAUGCCGGACAAAUUGCUCUUAUUAAACAUGGGUCAAGACUGAAAAACUGUGAUCUUUAUUUUUCCAGAAAACCAUGUUCUGCUUGUUUGAAAAUGAUUGUAAAUGCUGGAGUUAACCGGAUUUCAUAUUGGCCUGCUGAUCCAGAAAUAAGUUUGCUUACUGAGGCUUCUAGUUCUGAAGAUGCAAAGUUAGAUGCCAAAGCAGUGGAAAGAUUGAAGUCCAACAGUCGGGCUCAUGUGUGUGUUUUACUUCAACCUUUGGUGUGUUAUAUGGUGCAGUUUGUGGAGGAGACCUCUUACAAGUGUGACUUUAUUCAAAAAAUUGCAAAAACACUGCCGGAUGCUAACAUUGACUUUUAUUCUGAAUGUAAACAAGAAAGAAUAAAAGAAUAUGAAAUGUUAUUUUUGGUUUCAAAUGAAGAAAUACAUAAACAAAUACUGAUGACUAUAGGUUUGGAGAACCUGUGUGAAAAUCCGUACUUUAGCAACCUAAGGCAGAACAUGAAAGACCUCAUCCUACUUUUGGCCACAGUAGCUUCCAGUGUGCCCAGCUUUAAACACUUUGGAUUUUAUUGUAGCAAUCCAGGACAGAAUAAUGAAAUUCACAAUCAGAGUUUACCACAAGAAAUUGUAAGGCACUGCAUGGUUCAGGCCAGGUUGUUGGCAUAUCGAACUGAGGAUCAUAAAACAGGAGUUGGAGCAGUCAUUUGGGCAGAAGGGAAAUCUAGAAAUUGUGAUGGAACAGGAGCAUUGUACUUCGUAGGAUGUGGCUAUAAUGCUUUUCCUGUUGGAUCUGAGUAUGCUGACUUUCCCCACAUGGAUGACAAACAGAAAGACAGAGAAAUAAGGAAAUUCAGAUACAUUAUACAUGCGGAACAGAAUGCCUUGACAUUUAGGUGUCAAGAAAUAAAGCCAGAAGAAAGAAGCAUGAUUUUUGUGACGAAGUGCCCAUGUGACGAGUGUGUACCUUUAAUUAAAGGUGCAGGCAUAAAACAGAUCUAUGCAGGGGACAUAGAUGUUGGAAAAAAGAAGGCAGACAUCUCUUACAUGAGGUUUGGAGAACUUGAGGGUGUUAGCAAAUUUACAUGGCAGCUGAAUCCAUCAGGAGCUUACAGUUGUGAACAAAAGGAACCUGAAAGGAAAGAAAAUGGUGUGUUGAGACCCAUACCUCUGGAUGAAGAACAGCACCAAAACAAGAAGCUGUGUCUUGGAAACCGCUAAGAAGUCCUGGCUAACUUGGAGCGAAGGCACCAAGAAUUUUUAUUGCACUUUUAAAAUUCAGCCUUGUUAACUCAGAAAAUAAGGAUGAAUUUUGUGACUAAUUGCAAGAAUUUUUUUAAGGGAGAAAAUUUAUUACUAGCAAAUGAUGUUAAUGAGAAUAUUUUUAUUUUAGAUUUAUUUGCGUGUUUUCCAGAAUAUAGUAGCAUGUCUUUUAUUACACUAAAUAAGGUUGCAAUAGUUUAGUGAGAAGGAUUUAA